UUUAAGUAUAUGAACAUUUCUACAAACCAAGAUGAAGAUUGCAAACUUUUCUACUCUAUUCUCAAUUCUCUUCAUUGUUCCGGUCACGUUUGCUCAAUUGAGGGUCGGGUUUUAUAACAAUUCAUGUCCUACUGCAGAAACUAUCGUUCAAACUAUCGUUCGAAAUCUCGUGACAGAUGAGUUCGAGAGUGACCCCACGAUUACUGCCGCUUUGCUUCGGAUGCAUUUUCACGACUGUUUUGUUGGGGGCUGCGACGGUUCUAUCCUUCUAAACUCAACAGAUUCAGAAAGAUUCGUCGGUCCAAACUUGAGCGUGAGAGGCUUUGAGCUAAUCGACGAGAUCAAGACCGAGCUUGAGGCUCAGUGUCCCUCGAACGUCUCGUGCGCUGAUAUAAUGGCACUUGCCACUCGUGACUCUGUGUCCUUAGCCGGAGGGCCGAACUACAACAUCCCCACGGGGCGACGUGAUGGGUUAACAACGAAUGCAAACGGCGUGUUUGACCUUAUUGGACCAACCGCCUCCGUGGCUGCCUUUCUUAGUUUCUUUGGGGAAAGAAUGUUGAACACGUUCGAUGCAGUGGCUCUUUUGGGGGCACACACGGUUGGUGUGGGAUCUUGUGAUCUAUUUGAGGAUCGACUCACCAAUUUUAACGGAACCGGCUUGCCAGACCCGUCAAUGGACUCGAAUUUGGUUGCGAAUUUGACCAGCAUAUGUGCGGCAUCAGAGAACCCAUCAACUGGACUGGACAGGUCAACACCAUUGACUUUUGAUAACGCAUUCUUUGGGCAAAUCCGAGCGAGCAGAGGAGUUUUGCAACUUGACCAGCGGCUCGCAACAGACGAAGCCACUUCUAGUGUUGUGGCUCAGUACGCAGCAGACAACGACUUAUUCAAACGUCAGUUUGCGAUCGCGAUGGUGAAAAUGGGAGCUGUUGGUGUCCUCACCGGUGAAAACGGUGAUAUCAGAACAAAUUGUUGGGCAUUCAACGACAAAUUUUGGGUGGUUUGUGAUGUGUUUGACUUGCUCUUUUGA